AUGUUGCAGCCAGCCAACGCCGAGUCGUCCGCGGACCUCACAGCCAACGCCGCUGCGCCGAGCGGUGAGCUCGACUUCACCUCUCGCCUCCCGUCCGCGUGGCGCGUCGGCGCCAUCAUUGGCGGCACGGGCUCGGGCAAGACACGCGCGAUCGAGGCGCUGCGGGCGGCUGGGCUGGUCGAUGCCACCGCACCUUACGAGUGGCCAACCGACUCCGCGAUUGUGAGCGCCAUCGCCGCGAGUCAUCUCGUCCGGCAGGCCGCCGGGAAGGGCACCCUCGCGAGUGUCUGGUCGCAGCAGGUGAAUGCAGGUCCGCCGGAGAGCGUGUGUGCCGAGCUUGCGAUGGGGCGGCUCGGCUGCGUCGGGCUCAACUCGCUGCCCGUGUGGCUGCGGCCCUACCAAGCGCUAUCCAACGGGCAGCGCGCCCGAGCCUCCAUCGCUGUCUCGCUGACGAGCCGAACCGCGGUGGACGACUUUGGCUCCACUGUCGACGCGCAGAACGCCUCGGUGUGCGCCGCUGGCAUCGCCCGCUCGGUGCGGCGCAAAGGGCUGCACAGCGUCGUCGUAGCCUCGGUGCACACGGAGCUCUUGCCGUGGCUAGGGGCGGACUGGGUGCUCUUCCCGGCGACAGGGGCACUUCACAUCAACCCUAACCCGGGCGCGAAGCCGGCGGUGCUGGUGCGGUACGACGAAGAGGUCACGGACGCGGCUUUCGUGGCCGGGCUCAGCCGCCCGGUCGCACCGCCGCCGCUCGAGCGCGCGACGAGAACGUGCGCUGCCGCGGCUAUCUUUGGGCAGACUGGCGCAGCACCGCCGCAGAGGUUUGUGUCCAAGGUGAGGGUCGACGCCGCGACUGAGGCUGCCGCCGUCGCCUUCGAGAUUCGCUUCGACGGCACCUCGGCCGAGUUUGUGGUGCCGGCCUUGCCGCCCCUGCCGCCUGAAUGGCGCAUCGGGCUGCUGGUCGGCGAGUCCGGCUCCGGCAAGUCCUCUCUGCUGCGCACGAUGCGCCCCGAUGCGGGCGCUGCUUUCGCGGCGCUCGGCGGCGAGGGCGAUGACUCAGCCGCCUGGCCGGCGGACGCGCCCGCAGCCUCUGCACUGCGGGGCGGCGCCUCUGCGGUGGCGGCGUUUGGCGGCAGCGCCAUCGCUGCCGCCGCGCAGAGCCGCCCGUUUGGCGCCCUCUCGCGCGGCGAGCGCACGGUCGUCGCACUCGCAAGGCUGUGCGAAGAGGCGGGCGGAGAGUCGCACGAGGGGUCUGGCGCAGAGCCGACCGUGGCAGACGAGUUCACGUCCUUCGUCGACAGGUCGACGGCGGCCGCCGCCGCCGCCGCCACCCGCGCCGCGUGGCUCCGGCGAGGCAGCGGCCGACUGGUGUGCGCCAGCGUGCACGAGGAUGUGCUCCCCGCGCUGCUCCCCGACUGGUCCUUCGACCUCAAGACGCGCAAGCUGACCGUCUACUCGUGGGACCCGCGCGACCUGCUUCGCCCGACGCCUGCGCCGCCGCCCACGCCGUCACCUGCGCAGGUCCACCCGGAGCCCGCGAGUCUCUUCGCCCCGCCUGCAGUCGAGGUUCUGGUGCGGCAGACCAUGAAGCAGCCGAACGAGCUCGAGGUGGCUCGCAAGGCGGGCGACCGCGAGGCGGUGGAUUACAAGCUGCGCCUCUGGGACCGGUUCAAGGCGCACCACUACAUGGACUCAGGGCUCAACCCGGCGGCCACGUGCGCCGUCGCGAGGUGGGGGCGCACGCCGGUGGGCUUCGUCGCCACGAUGCCGCAGCCCGGCAGAUUCGGUUUCGACCCGCGGCUGCUCUGCCGCGAGCACCGACUCGUCGUGCUGCCCGAGUUCCAGGGCCUCGGGAUCGGAUCGCGCCUCUCGGACGCGACAGCCGCGCGCUUCGUGCGGCGCGGCAAGCGGUACACCUCGAGGAGCGGCCACUUGACGCUCCGCGUGCACCGCGAGCGCUCGCCGCUCUGGAAAGCGCCCGACUGGCAGGGCGAGCACGGCCGCAAAGCGGCAGACAAGGGCAUGGGCUUCGAGAAGAAGGGGCGAAAGGUGCCGGCAUCGGCGGCGGCGGGAGCCGACGCCGAUGCCAAGGACCGGACUCUCUUCUCGUUCGAGUACGUGGGGACGAAGGAGGAGCAGGCGGAGAGCCGUGCCGCCGCCGCAGCAGGACUGGACAAGACGGCAUCUUCUCCCGCCGCCACAUCGGCCUCUGGCACCGCCGCCGCCCUGUCCGCCGGCGCUGCCAUCGCCGCAACCCCUGGCGCCGCCGGCAAGCGCUCGGCCUCCGCAGAGGCGCCCGACCUCCCUCUGGCCAAGCGCGCAGCCGGCGUUGCCUCCGACCCUGUCGACCUCGAGGACGAGUCGCAGCGGGCGGCGCCGCCGGCGCGCAGCGCCAAGCAGGUCGGCCUCGCGGCCUUCUUCUCCUGCGCCGGCCCGGGCUCCGCUUCGGCCCCCGCUGUGCCUGCGCCGUCGCGGCCUCGCCCGCCGCUGCUGCCACGCCCCGCGGCCAGCUCGCCCGCUGCCGCGCCCGCGCCGAAGAAGGAGCCGGGGCAGCGCAAGGUCUACAAGUGCAGCCAGUGCCACAAGCCGAAGAAGGGUUGCGGCUGCGAGCGGAAGAGCAAGAGCAAGUGA